AUGGCAUCGGAAAUUCUACGACGACUUUGAGCUGCCAUGCUAUCUAUAAAUGACCUCCUCUCUUUGGCAUAAAAACAAACACCUUAAACACAUUCCCUAAACACACCUUCCUUUCUUCUCUCUCUCUUCUUCAUUCAAUCUUUGAUCUUCUUCAUCAUCAAUGGCGGACGAAAUUAUUCUCUUGGGCACUUGGAUUAGCAUUUUCUCAACGAGGGUGAAAAUUGCCUUGGCUGAGAAAGAGGUAGAUUAUGAAUUCAGGGAAGAGGACCUGAGCAACAAGAGCCCACUGCUCUUGAAGGCGAACCCUGUCAACAAGCAAAUCCCAGUGUUGAUCCAUAACGGCAAACCAGUGUACGAGUCACUCAUCAUUGUCGAGUACAUUGAUGAAGUCUGGAAUCACAAAUCUCCAUUGUUGCCUUCUGAUCCUCACCAGCUAGCUCAAGCCAGGUUCUGGGCUGAUUAUGUUGACAAGAAGAUGUAUAUCGCUGGAAGGCAGCUAAUGUUUUCCACAGGCGAAGCCCAAGAAACAGUGAAGAAUGACCUCAUAGGGUGCUUAAAGGUGUUGGAAGGAGAACUUGGAGACAAGCCUUACUUCGGAGGAGAGACCUUUGGCAUUGUGGAUGUGGCAUUGAUUCCAAACUAUAGCUUUUUCUUUGCAUAUGAGCAGUUUGGCAACUUCAGCAUUGUGGCAGAGUGCCCUGCACUUGUUGCUUGGGUCCAUCGGUGUAUGGAAAAGAAGAGUGUCUCAAAGCAUCUUCCUGACCAACACAAGGUCUAUGACUGCGUCUUGGAGCGCAAAAAGAAGCUUGAGGCCGAGUAAAUCUCUACAAGAUUGUUUGAUUGGAGUAUUAUGACAUACAGUUUCAUAGGUCUCUUUUGGGAUCCCCUUUUAUUUUUGCCUUCCUACUUAGUAAAUUUAUUAUCCAAUAGAUCCUAUAAUAAUUAAUGACAUUUUUCUUCAUACACUAUAAAAGAAUGUCACUAAUUAUUAAUUUUCAGUGACAGUUUAAAAAUUAUCACAAAAAAUGUCAUUAACUAUGAGUUUCAGCGUCAGUUUAAAAAAAUCGUCACCAAAAAAGUUGCUAAUUUUCAACUUUAGCGAUAAUUUGAAAAAUUUGUUAUAAAAAAAGUCACUAAUUGUAAGUUUUAGCGACAAUUUAUAAAAGCCAUGAC